AUGCGUCCCCUUCUCCUUCUUGCCGCGAUAGCCCUAACCAGCACCGCGCAAUACCUCAAAGACAUCAACCCCACCCCAGUCGACUAUCCCGUGCAUGUCGAAUUCGUCCCUGACUCUACAGCCCUUGCUGACCUGGAGGCUCCCAAGUUAUCUGAAGUCAACACCACAGUCUUCGAAUGGUGGUACUUUGACGCCGUCUCGUCCGCUAAUCCCAACGCCUCCGUUGUGCUCACUUUCUUCACUACCACCGCCCCAGCCUUUCCUGCUGUCCCGCCUAAUUCGUCGUCUGUCCUGCUCACCUACGCAUGGGCUACCUUGCCGAAUGGCACCACCGUUGUCCAGAAUGCCGUUCCGAUUGAUGCGUCGGUGAUGGGCGACCGCGAUGUCAACUCGGGGGGUUGGGAAGGGACAGGGGGGUGGUCCGGAAAGGAAUCGGGGUACGAGGCAUGGGUGGGGUGGCAGGGGUCGCGCGUGAAUGGGAGUAUUCAAUUGCGUAACCCUACUCCGCCGCUUCUACCUUGCUCGACACCUGAACAGGUCAAUCGUGCGUUGGGGCUUGGCGAGGGCUUGGGAUGGGUGAGUAGGGUGCCGGACUCGCAUGCCACGGUGGACUUGAUGGUCGAUGGGGAGAAAUUGCAGUUUACGGGGUAUGGGUACCAUGAUAAGAAUUGGGGGAAUCGGCCCUUCCAGAAUACCGUCAAGACCUGGUCCUGGGGCCAUGUGCAUAUCGGAUCCUACUCGUUGGUGUGGCUGCAGUACACGCCUCGAGUGGGAGCCGACAACUCCACCACGCCGAUCAGAAGCGCCUACUUGGCCCGUGACGGCAAGGUAGUGCAGUCCGGGUGUCGCACGAGCAUCAUCAGCAUCCAGGAGCGGAUGACAUCGAGCAGCUAUACCGUGGACGUGAUGAUGUCUGGCGUGGAUCUGCAGAUCCAAGGUACAGUGGAGGUGGCCGGCGAUGGGAAGGACUAUUUCCGAUGGAACGGGGUAGUCUCGGGGACAGUGGAGGGCCAGAGACUGGAUGGUGGAGUAGCUGUAUUUGAAGGAUUCAGGUUGUAGUGUUAGUCAACAAGUUGCAGCUGAAAUGGACACGCACACACGUAUUCAAGUUG